AUGGAACUUGAAUCGGACCUGCGCUAUCUGCAGGUUCAACGUCAAGCUGUUGCAGAUCCUACCCGUGCUGCAGAAUGGGCUGGAAAAAAGCUAUGUUGGGUUCCUCAUGAAACUGAAGGAUUUGUUUUAGGAUCGAUUAAAAACGAAACAAAUGAUGAGGUCGUAGCAGAAAUUUGCGAAACAGGCAAAGUUGUUACAAUCAGUAAAGAUGAUAUUCAAAAAGCAAAUCCUCCAAAGUUCGACAAGGUCGAAGAUAUGUCAGAACUAACAUAUUUGAAUGAAGCGUCCGUCUUGCAUAAUUUGAAGGAACGCUAUUUCAGUUCAUUGAUUUACACUUAUUCGGGUCUUUUCUGUGUAGUUAUUAAUCCAUAUAAACGAUUGCCAAUAUAUUCUGAUAAAUUAAUCGAAGAAUUCCGUGGAAAGAAGAGACAUGAAAUGCCUCCACACAUCUUCGCUAUUGCCGAUUGUGCCUAUAAAUCUAUGCUUCAAGAGCGUGAAGAUCAAUCUAUUCUCUGUACUGGAGAAUCUGGAGCAGGAAAAACAGAAAACACCAAGAAAGUUAUUCAAUACUUAGCUCAAGUGGCUGGAGUAACAAAGUGUAAGCAGUACUCUACCGUCACACCAGCAAAGGGAGAAUUAGAGCAGCAACUUCUUCAAGCUAAUCCCAUUCUCGAAGCCUUUGGUAACUCCAAAACAGUCAAGAAUGACAACUCUUCCCGUUUCGGAAAGUUCAUCAGAAUCAACUUUGAUAUGUCUGGAUAUAUCUCUGGAGCAAAUAUUGAAUUUUAUCUUCUCGAAAAGUCCAGAACACUACGACAAGCUUUAGAUGAGCGUAGUUUCCAUAUCUUUUAUCAAUUCCUUCGUGGAACAAACAGUGAAGAGAAGAAUUAUUACUUAUUGGAAGAUAGUGCUGACAAGUACCGGUUUUUGGUUAACGGAAAUAUUACUCUUCCAAACGUUGAUGAUGCUCAAGAAUAUCAUAAUACAUUAAAAUCAAUGAGAAUAAUGGGUUUCCAUGAAGAUGAAAUUAAAUCUGUAUUCCGCAUUGUUUCUGCCGCUAUGUUGAUGGGUAACUUGGAAUUUGUUCAAGAAAAGAAAUCAGACCAAGCUAUCCUUCCUGAUGACAGAGUAAUGCAAAAAGUGUGUCAUCUAUUGGGAUUGCCAGUUAUUGAGCUCACAAAGGCAUUCUUACGUCCAAGAAUCAAAGUCGGACGCGAAUAUGUUAACAAAGCUCAAAACAAGGAUCAAACUGUGUUUGCUGUCGAAGCUAUCAGUAAAGCAUGUUAUGAACGAAUGUUCAAGUGGCUGGUUGGUAGAAUCAACAAAUCAUUAGAUCGCACACGAAGACAAGGAGCAUCUUUCAUCGGAAUCUUGGAUAUUGCUGGUUUUGAAAUCUUCGAUAUUAACUCUUUCGAACAAUUGUGCAUUAAUUACACAAAUGAGAAGCUUCAGCAGUUAUUCAACAACACCAUGUUUGUAAUGGAACAAGAAGAAUACCAAAGAGAAGGAAUUGAUUGGCAGUUCAUUGACUUUGGAUUAGAUCUUCAGCCAACUAUUGAUUUGAUCGAGAAGCCAAUGGGUAUUCUUGCUCUUAUUGAUGAGGAAUGUCUUUUCCCUAAAGCUACUGAGAAGACACUUGUUAACAAGUUGCACAAAACUCAUACUCCACAUCCAAAGUUCAUCGUUCCUGACAUGAGAGCUAAAUCUGACUUCGCUGUUGUUCACUACGCAGGCAGAGUAGAUUAUUCUGCCGAUCAGUGGCUUAUGAAGAAUAUGGAUCCAUUGAACGAAAAUGUUGUUCAACUUCUUCAAAACUCUACUGAACCUUUUGUUUGUGGAAUGUGGAAAGAUGCUGAGUUUGCCGGUAUUUGUGCUACAGAAAUCAAUGAGACAGCUUUCGGAGCUAGAUCAAAGAAGGGAAUGUUCAGAACUGUGUCACAUUUGCAUAAAGAGCAGUUGUCACGCUUGAUGACUACUCUUAGAAACACAAGCCCUCACUUUGUUCGUUGUAUCAUUCCUAAUCACGAGAAGAAGGCAGGAAAAAUCAACUCCAUGCUCGUUCUCGAACAGUUGCGUUGCAAUGGAGUCUUAGAAGGAAUUCGUAUUUGCCGUCAAGGAUUCCCUAAUCGUAUACCAUUCCAAGAGUUCCGUCAACGUUAUGAACUCCUCACACCUAAUGCCAUUCCUAAAGGCUUCAUGGAUGGUAAAGAAGCAGUCAAAAUGAUGAUUGAAGCUUUAGACAUCGAAUCUAAAUUGUACAGAAUUGGACAAUCCAAAAUCUUUUUCAGAACAGGAGUAUUAGCUCAUUUGGAAGAGGAAAGAGAUUUGAAGUUAACGGAUUUGAUUAUUCAAUUCCAAGCAGAAUGUAGAGCUUACUUAGCUCGCCGACUUUAUCUCAAGAGAAUGCAACAAUCUAAUGCUAUAAGAGUUCUCCAACGAAACGGUCUGGCUUGGCUAAAACUGAGAAACUGGCAAUGGUGGAGACUAUUCACUAAGGUGAAGCCAUUAUUGACUGUUAUCAAUCAUAAUGCUGCAAUGGCUGCUAAAGAAGAUGAGCUCAAGAUUUUGAAAGAGAAACUGGACAAGAUAGAAGUUGAACAAACAGAAUACAAUACCCGAAUGGAACAAUUGAUGGCAGAACGUAACAUCCUUCAAGAACAGUUACAGCAGGAAGCUGAUGGAAGUGCUGAGCUGGAAGAAACCAAAAACAGAUUAAGUAUAAAGAAAAAUGAAUUGGAAGAAUUGGUCACUGAAAUGCGUGAGCGCAUAAUGGAAGAAGAACAACGCGUUCAAAACAUGAAUGACGAGAAACGAAAGUUAUCUGAAACUGUCAGAGAUCUUGAAGAGCAGUUAGAGCAAGAAGAACAAGCCAGACAGAAAAUGCAACUCGAUAAAGUCAAUGCUGAUCAACGAGCUAAAACUGUUGAAGCUAAAUUGGUCGAGAUGCAAGACGCCUGGGAUAAAAUCAGUAAAGAGAAGAAGUUCCUGGAUGACAGAGUCCAUCAAUUGACUAACCAAUUAAAUGAAGAAGCUGAGAGAGCAAAGACUGUAGGAAAACAGAAAGGAAAGAUGGAGAAUCAUGUUCAGUUGGUUGAACAAGAACUUCAAAGAGAGAGACAACUCCGCACUGAUCUCGAACAUAAUAAGCGGAAACUUCUUGGUGAAUUAGAAGAAAGCAGAGAGGCUGUCGACAAAAAACAGAGCAAAAUGGAUGAGCUUCAUGCUCAGUUAUUGAAAAGAGAGGAGGAAUCUUCACAAUUGCUUACAAAGGGAGAUGAAGAUACAGCUACAAUUAACUCUCUUCAAAAACAAAUCCGCGAUCUUCAUGGUGCCGUUGAUGAGAUCAAUGAAGAUUUGGAGGCAGAAAGAAAUUUGAGAGCAAGAGCAGAAACUUUGAGAAGAGAAGCUCAAACACAGUUAGAACGUGUGAAAGAAGAUAUGCUCGACAAAGUUGGUGAAACCAGUGUCUUACAAGACAUCAUGAAGAGAAAGGAGGACGAAGUGAAGGAGUUGAAAAAUCUCUUGACGUCCACAUCAGGAGCAAUGGACCACAAGCUCGAAGAGCAAAAAACUAAAUAUGUCAAAACGAUCGAAGAUCUCCACGAACAGAUUGAACAGCAGAAAAAGAUAAGAUCACAGCUAGAGAAAGCAAGACAAGAAACUGAACAACAAAGGGAAGAAUUGGCUCACGCUCUCUCUGAAUCCCAGUCAUCUAGAUCAGAAUCCGAAAAGAAGAGGAAACAAGUUGAGCAACAACUAUUGGAUGUUCAAUACCAACUUGGCGAUGCUGAGAUGAUGCGUAAAGUUUCUCAAGACCAAUUUGAGAAAAUGAAAGAAGAGAUGGAAGCCUUAACCAGAAACGCGGAAAGCAGUGACUUACAGUUAAUCGUUCUUCAAAGACGAAUUCUUGCCCUCGAAGAAGAAAUCGCACAACUCACUCAACAAGUUCAAGAUGAAAAUAGAGCUAAAAUAGCUAGCAUGACACGGGUCAAUCAGCUUGAACAAGAACAGAGAGAACUUUUGGAGGACAAGGAACAAGUUGAAAUCGCUAAGCAGCAAUUGGAGAAGGAAGUUCAAAACCUUAGAGCUCAAAUCCUUGACAGCAGACGUAAAGUUGAAGAAGCUCUUGCUCAAGACGAACAGAAAAAACGUCUCCAACGAGAUGUUGAAGCUCUUCAUAGUCAACUUAGUGAGAGUGAAGCUCAGAGAGAGCGCAUUCAACAAAGCAAGAAGAAAAUGCAGCUUGAGUUGGAUGAUGCCAUCAUUGAGUUAGAAAACUUCCGAUCUGCCCAAAGAGAUCUCGAUAAGAAACAGAAGAAAUUCGAUCAAUUGUUGAAUGAAGAGAGAAAUAAUGUACAAAGAGUUAUAAUCGAGAGAGACGCUUUCGCUCAAGAGUCUCGAGAUCGUGAAACUAAGAUUUUAUCUAUGGUGAAUGAGAUUGAGGAUUUGAAGGCUGAGUUAGAAAAUAAUGAACGCGUUCGAAGAACUCAGCAGUUAGAGCUCGAACAAUUUAUAUCCUCUAAAGAUGAUGUUGGAAAGAAUGUUCAUGACUUGGAAAAAGCUAAACGUCAAUUGGAGCAAGACUUAGCCGAUCUACGGGCAACAAAUGAAGAGUUAGAAGACGCAGUGCAAAUAUCGGAAGAUGGAAGAUUACGUCUUGAAGUGAACCUACAAGCUUUAAAGGCUGAGCAGGAACGUACUCUUUCCUCUAAAGAUCAAGAAUCUGAAGAAAAGAGAAGACUCUUAACAAAACAAUUAAGAGAAAUGGAAAUAGAGUUAGAAAAUGAAAAACGGGUGCGAACUGGAGCUUUGGCCCAGAGAAAGAAGAUGGAAGGUCAAAUUGCGGAACUUGAGCAACAAUUAGAAGCUGCCAAUAGAUUACGGGAUGACUAUUUGAAACAACUCCGCAAAAACCAGCAAAUGAUGAAAGAGUAUCAACAUGAUAGCGAAGAGGCCAGACAAACAAAGGAAGAUAUUUCUGCUCAUUUAAGAGAAGUUGAAAGACGAUUAAGAUCUGCUGAAACUGAGAUCAAAACUCUGAAAGAAAGUAAUGAAACACUUUUGAACCAGAAGAAACAUUUGGAAUUGGCAUUGGAAGAACUUGAAGAGUCUCGCAGCCGAGGAGGAUCUGGUUAUCCCGAUGAAAAACGACGAUUAGAACAGAAAAUUGCAAUGUUGGAAGAAGAGCUGGAUGAAGAACAGAGCAACUCAGAGAUCGCUCUAGACAAACAGAGAAAGGCUCAGCUUCAAGUCGAACAGUUAACAACCGAACUUUCUAUGGAAAGAUCUAACUUACAAAAAACCGAAGGAGAAAGGAUAAACUUAGAAAGACAAAACAGAGAAUUCAAGGCUAAGAUUGCUGAAUUGGAAUCAACUGCUCAAUCGAGAAUCAGGGCUCAAAUUAGCGCUCUUGAAGCCAAAAUACAACACAUGGAAGAGCAAUUACAGACUGAAGGAAUAGAGAGAACCACAGCUGUUAGGAAUAUGAAACGUUUCGAAAAACGUGUUGUAGAUUUACAACAGCAAUUGGAAGAUGAGAGAAGAAAUGUUGAACAACAGAAAGAAAUGGUGGAAAGAACUAAUUUAAGAAAUAGAGCACUUCGUCGCCAGCUGGAUGAGAUGGAAGAGGAGAUGACUAGAGAAAGAACAAAGGGACGAAACCAAGCUCGCGAAAUCGACGAUCUGCAUGAAGCCGUUGAUACUUUAACGAGAGAAACUAAUAGCUUAAGAGGUGGAAAGUCCAGAGUUACUCGUGAAAAUAUAAGGAUGAGAUCAACAUUCGCUAUUCCCGGUUCCAGUGAAAACCUUCCAAAAAAUGAGGACGAAGACAGUAUAGAUACAGAAGAAUCAACUUCUAAUUUAGCCGAUGAUUCAAAAAAAGCAAUUGUUUAA